GGUGGAUUCCUUAAACUUGAACUUGCGAGCGCCACAGAGGGGAGGGGAGCCGGUGCUGCCAGCCGGAGCGUCCGUCCUCUCGCCGGGCCGAGACGCGUGGGGGACACUGCGGGCUCCCCGGCGCGCACCCCACCGAGCCUGUCUCUCCUCUCGCUCUGUCCGGGUCUAGCCCUAGUCAUGGAGGAGGCCGAGGUCGACUGCUCCGGGGCGUUCGCCGAGGCUCAGAGAUGGGUGGAGGCAGUAACAGAGAAGAAUUUUCAAACAAAGGAUUUUCGAGCUUCCCUAGAAAAUGGUGUCCUGUUGUGUGAUUUGAUUAAUAAGCUUAAACCUGGCAUCAUUAAGAAGAUCAAUAGACUGUCCACACCAAUAGCGGGUUUGGAUAAUAUAAACGUUUUUUUGAAAGCUUGUGAACAGAUUGGUCUGAAAGAAGCUCAGCUUUUCCACCCGGGGGAUCUACAGGAUUUAUCAAAUCGAGUCACCAUCAAGCAAGAAGAGACUGAUAGGAGAGUGAAAAAUGCACUUGAAGACUCCAGCUGCCUGAACAGAAGUGGCCGUGACAGUGGCUAUAGUGAUUUCUGGUGUCCUGACCGAGGAGAAUUUCUGGCUCCUCCAGGUAGACAUAAGAGGGAAGAUUCCUUUGAGAGUUUGGACUCCUUGGGCUCCAGGUCGUUGACCAGCUGCUCCUCAGAUAUCACACUGAGAGGGGGACGGGACGAUGGGAUUUGA